GGCUCAUGAACUCACUUCGGUGCCAGUUCCGGGUUUUACAAAUCACUUCACUGGUCGCUGUUAUUGUCAGAGGGUUUGUGUAUAGUGUUAACGAUGGCUCUUCUUAUGGAGCACCAAUUUAAACAGCUUCCAGCCGAUAAACAAGUGGAAACUAGAUCAUUCUUGGAGUCGGUGUCGUAUCUUCCGCCAUUCUUUGACUGCCUUGGCUCUACUGUGUUUGCUCCAAUUAAAGCAGACAUUGUAGGGAACAUCACAACAAUCAAAGCGGUUUAUGACAGCAACCCUAGCAGGUUCAAGACCCUCCAAAAAAUCCUGGAGGCAGAGAAGGAGAUGCAUGGAGCAGACUGGCCCAAAGUGGGAGCCACCCUGGCACUUAUGUGGCUAAAGAGGGGACUCCGGUUCAUCCAGGUCCUGCUGCAGAGUCUGGUGGAUGGGGAGAAGGACGAAAACAACCCCAACCUCAUCCGGGUCAAUUGCACCAAAGCCUAUGAGCUGGCCCUGAAGAAGUACCAUGGUUGGCUGGUGCAGAAGCUCUUCAAGGCAGCUGUUUUCGCAGCUCCCUACAAGGUGGAUUUCCUGAAGGCACUGUCCAAGGGGCGUAUGGUCAAGGAAGAGGACUGCCUGGCCAAAAUCCGACAGUUUCUAGUCAACUUUACUGCCGCUAAUGAUACCAUCUAUGAGAUGUACACCAAGAUGAAUGCCGAGCUAGAUUACACCGUGUGACCACGCCAGAUAACUCCCCAUUCCCUCAAUGAUCUGCCCCCCAUUGGGACAAUUACAAGCAGUGAGUUGCAAUGGUUUCCUACAGGUUCGUGUGUGUGUGUGUGUGUGUGUGUGUGUGUGUGUGUGUGUGUUAGAUCCGGUGUUGUGUCACACAUCCAGUCUGUGCUCUUUUUAAGAUCUCCUUUGAGUGCAUUUGCUUGCCGCUCUUAAUCAGUAUGUUUAUCUGUCAACUUUGUUGUGGUCUAUUUUCAAUGCCUCAAACUUUCUUACAGGGAAUAGCUUUCAAUAGGACCCGAGUCUUUACAUGGCGAUUUGUGUUUGAUUGUUAUCAGGGUCAGGUUCACUAGGCACGAAAUGAAAGAAAACGUACCGAAACCGGGAGGAACUACCUGGACUCAUUUUUGUUUUCCACUGCGAACUGUUUUAAAACAUUUGCCAUUGCUUGCCCCAAUGAACAUGACCCAGUUUCAUAUAACAAAACUGCAGAUGCAUCUGGACUGUCGAAAGUAUAGUCUAUAAACAUUUCAGUCAACUGUCAUUUAUUUUCCCUGAAAAAUAUAUAUUUUUAGAAUUACCGUAAUUAUAAAUUCAUCUUACCCAAGUAACUUGGGUAUUAUUAUUUUGUGUAGGUACUUUUCAUUGAGUUUAUUAAACACAACUGCAUAGCGGGCAGUUUCAUUGUACUGUAUAGUACCAUUUUAAAACUACUAACAGUAGAGAUGGAGGAAAUUAUUGUUUUAGUAAUUGCUAUUUGGUAAUUGUUUGCAGUCACACGAGUAACCUAUGCACUUUGAGAAUGUUUAGAGGAUUGUGGUAAAUGAAUAAUCAAAACCAAAAAUAGAAUUAUGUAUUCUCUCAUGAUAUUUGAAUAAUAACAUACAAAUAUAUUUGUAUUUUAUAUUAAUGAACCUUUUAACUCUGCUGGUAUGUAAUGUCAUUUAUUGAUUCUAUCUACUUGAAAACGUAAUAUUUUUCAAUUUCUUAUUUGUUUACAUGUUAUAAUUUUCUGACUUUGAUAAUGCAACUCUGUAUCAUUAGGACAGUAAAUAUACAUUUUGUGUUAUUUAUGUGUUAUUUAUUCUUGGUUAAUUCUCGAUCCUAGGAGGUGAUUCCAUUGGUACAUCAACGUGAUUACUGAGUGAUUGUAUGUUAUCAAAUAUAUUGUGUUAUUGAUUAGUAUCUUAUAUAAUCAUACAAAUGUCAUCUUACAUAAUCACAUCAUCUUGGAACUCAAAACCAAAUCUCUCUUGUGACAAGACUGUUUCCGCAAGAUACUAGUAUUUAUAUGGUCAAUGCACCUGCAAGAGUAAACACUGUUAAGUUAAAGUGGAUGAUUUGUUUUAUAUGUUCAAGAUUCAAAUAAGUGAGUGUUAAUGUGUUGUGGAAAAAUAAAGCCAUUUGUUAGAAAGGAAAUGUUUUAUAACCAUUACUUGAUGAGUGACAUUGAAAUCAAUCCAUGGUGACAUUUCAUUUUAGGCUGUUUAAUAAAUAUGAUUAAUUGUGAGAUUAUAUCAUGAUGCAGUGUUCAAUAUGAAUAGUAAACCAGGUUCAUUUGAAGUGUGCUUUGUAAUUGGAGUGGGUGAUUCAAGCCAUAGACUAUUGCCUUCUAAUAUUGUUAACCUAACUGUGCCUUCUUCUAGUGACACAGGAGAGAGGGUGAACUCUCACUAUCUUUGUCUUCAUCCAACAGUGCAAGUUUACUGAAUGGCUGCCUCUUGAGUUAGGUCAUGUUCAUUAGGCACCAAACGGAAGAAAUGCAUGUUUUCCAUUCCGGUUGCAAAACGUUUUAUUACGAUGUGUCCUAAUGAAUACAACCCUUGUAGACAGUUUGUCUUGCUCCAUCAUGCUCCUUGUCAUGUAUCUUUGCUUGGUAUUCCUCAGUUUCAAUUCUGAAUUUCUUCCUAGUACCAUUUCAUGUGCCUCAAGAUAAUCUUUGUGUAAGUUUGUUUGCACAUUGACAUACUCUGUCAUUGCUGAAGAAAGUAGUGUAGCCUAAUCUUAUAAAAUGAAGAAUGUUUGGGUGAGAUGUUUCCCUUUCCAUGCAAUAGGAAUUUGUGUGGUUGCCUGGACAUCAAAGAAUGUAAUAAGACACUAUGGAAUUAUAGCAAAUUUUAAUCAACCAUUAAAUGCACUGAAAAUUGAUUGCUUAUUUCAACAUCUUUUCAUUUUCUGGUUAUGAAAUUGUAUUUAUCUCUCUUAAAACGUUUGUGUGAUGGAAAGGAUUUAAUUGCAGUGCAUUCAUUCUGCAAGAUAAUGAAAAUUGUUUUCAACUAAUAUUGUAAACUAAUAUUUUCUCAAUAAACAAUGACCAAUUGUUUGUAAUUUCA